GAUUUAGUGGGUGCAAAAUAAGACAUCUGUCUGUCGAUAAUGAUUUGUUUAUUAUUUAGAAUCGUAGUACAUAAUACUGUUAGAAUUUAUGUUCUUUAGGUGACUUGUCUCAAAAUCCGUAUCGAAUUUUGCUAGAAUAUUCAGUAACUGAUAAGUUUUUCUGUUAAACAUGACAUCUAUAUUUGCUCAAGGAAUCAAGCUUAGCCAUAAACAGUUUCGAGCUAUGCUGAAGAAAUUCAGACGUAAGAAAAAGAGGCAGCAGUUAGCAAAAGAAAGAGAACAACUGGAACUGUUAGAGCAGCAAAGAAGAGAAAACUCUCCUAACUACAAAGAAAGGGAAGCAGAAAGGCUUCGAAAUGCUGAAUUAUAUGAACAGUUUGAAGAAAGAGAAAAAAUAAGGCAACACAAACUAUGGCUUUUACGAGAGGAAAAAGCUCAGGCUGAAUUUAAGAAGAAGCAAAAAGAGUUAGAAUUAGAGAAACAGCGUAGAGAAGAAGAGCGAAAACGAAUUUUGGCUGAAUUUGAAAAGCAGCAAUUUCUGGAGAACCAAGUGCUGGAGGAAAAUAAAAAAAUAAAGUCAGAAAAAGAGGAGGCUCUUCAAGAAGCAUUGUCAAAUCUUCCUGAGGCUGAUGGGCCAUGGCAUAAUCCUAUAGCCCCAGAGAACUACAAUCUUGGAAAAGAAAGAGAGCAGUGUCAGUUUUUUGCUAAAACUGGUUGUUGUAGAUUUGGUGAAAGAUGCUCAAGAGGUCAUAUACAUCCCCCUGUAAGUUGUACCAUUUUAAUAAAAGGAAUGUACAGUCAUUUCAGCAUUGAUCAAACUGGAAGAGAUGAUUAUGAUACUGAUAUAGCCCUUGAAUAUGAAGACAAGGAAAGAUAUCAGGACUUUGAAAACUUUUACUGGGAUGUGCUGCCUGAGUUUAAAAAGUUUGGCAAAGUUAUUCAGUUUAAAGUGUGCAGCAAUCAUGAGCCUCAUCUUCGUGGAAAUGUUUAUGUUCAAUAUUCAAAAGAAGAAGAAGCAGUAGAAGCAUACAAGAAUUUCAAUGGUCGAUACUAUGCAGGAAAGCAAAUCACAUGUGAAUUCACUCAUGUGAUCAAGUGGCGAUCUGCUAUUUGUGGUUUGUAUGAACGACAUUUGUGUCCUAAAGGCAUUAAUUGCAAUUUUCUACAUGUUUUUCGAAAUCCAUCCAAUGAAUUUUGGGAGGCAGAUAGAGAUUUGUCUGGUAGACUUAAAGAUAGGAUUUCUGUUUCAUCGCGGAGCAACCACAGUAGAUCAAAAGAGGAGAGAACGCAUUCCUAUCGUGGACAUCGUAGUGAGCGGCAUAGACAUCAUAGGGAUCAAUCACCUGAACAAAACAAUAAUCGUCAUUCCAAGGCUAGUUCAUAUCGUUAUGACAGAGCAUCUGGCUCGGAUGAUCAUGAGGAUGAUCAUUAUGGUUCAUCAAGGCAUAAAUAUUCAGAUCGUAAUGGUGACUCUUAUCGCAGUAGGCAUCAGAGUAGUAAGAACAGAAAUUCUAGAUCACGAUCCCGUUCCUUAAGUUAUUCUUCAGAAGAUGAAAAAUAUAAAGCACAGAGAAAAAGAAAGCAUAAGAAAAAGAAGUUAAAGAAAGCCAAGAAGAAAAGCUCCUGUGAGCGGGAAGUUGACUGAAUUAUGCCUUCAAAAAUGUCUUAAUAAAUUAAAAUUAAUGAAAAUGUAAAUUUAAUAUGUAUAAUACUGUUAUUAGACAGAAUGAUAAAGAUAUAGAUUUUUCUAUGAUCUUCAUUAAUAAUAUCUUUAUUCCCUGGUAAUAAAAUACUUUGUUUAUUACCA